AAGCCCACAUUUAUUAUGAAACAGACAUAGAGGUUACUUUGCGGUUUGAAAUGAACAAUGGUGAGUUGCUCUGUUCUAAAAUGAAACAACCAUGCAUAAAACUGGAAAAAAGCCCUUUCGGGGAUGUGGUGGGAUUUUUGUGAUUUCCAGCUUGGAAGCAGCAACGAGGAGAUGAGAUUGUGCAGCCAACAAUGCAUGUCUUGGAUAAAAGUUGGAAGAAGAAGCAAAAACGUCACUUUCAACCACAUUUUGAAAAAUCUGUUUGUGUGACCGCAGCAGUUUUACUGGUAUGCCACCAUUACAGCAGAUUUAACCGUUAAGAUUACAUGGCAUAUGGGUGUUGCUGUGUUACAGAGCUUAGAUGUGGGAGUUAUCUUGACUGUAGCUACGUGGCAGCAUAGAUAGAAUGAACGAAAAUAUUUAGAUGUGUUUCUUUCUUUCUUUUUUAAACAGUUUACGAACUAUGACAGUGUGAUCCUGACCGUUACACUUCUGGCACACAUCAAACUGUUGCAUGGUUAGAGGCUGCUGCAACAUCGCUAGUGCAAAAAUGUUUUUAUGUUUUCAGAAACCAGCUUAUGAAAUGCAACAGUGUGAUGGUGAAUGGGUACACAGACAUUAGAACAUUAUUUUAAUGGUAUUUAUGUAGCACGAAAUCAUAUCAACAGUCGCCAUAGGGCACUUUAUACUGUAAAGUAAAGAUCCUACAAUAACACAGAGAAAUCCCCACAGUCAGCAAGCACUUAGCAACAGUAGGAAGGAAAACUCCCUUUUGACAGGAAGAAAUCUCUGGCAGAACCAGACUGGCUGGAGGAAGACGAGACAAAAGAAGAGAGCAGCAGAUUAAGAAGAGAGAUUAAUAAUAACUAAUGAGUAAAUGCAGAGUAGUGUGUGUACGCACAUAUUGAGUAAAAAAUGUUCCCACUUUUUUUAAAGUAUAGUCACAGCCGGAUCAUUGUAAUACUCUGGAAGGGUAUGGAGAGUAUAAACCUUUUAUAUUUAGUCAAUUUAACAUGGUAAAAACAGUGAAAGCGUCGAUCUGGAGCUUAGUGCAGCCGCUACGCACAAAGCUGGGGGGGAGGAAGGAAAAGGAGGAGACAGCGAUUGCACUAUUUCUGACGUCAGAAUCUUGCCGCAGAGAUAAGCCGCGAGGCUUAAUAUUAACUACAAUGUUACUUCUUUCAAAAAGAGCGAUAGCGCGCCUAGGGAUUGUCGAGCUGAUGAACAGAGACGCUUUGCGAGACGCAUUCCAAACACUUUUCUCGUUCUGCGCACAGACUCUGGCGCAGUGCACGAAACAGAGCCCAAACUAUGAGCUGAGCAGAUAAGAGCUGUGGUGGAGGAAUUGGCCAGCGGUCGUGUAAACGCACAAACAGAAGAUGGGAACGGCGGGCGAGGAUCUGCUAGUGACACUCCAGAUACUACCCGGUUUCUUUUCCAACUGCCUCUUCCUUGCCCUGUACGACUCGGUGGUUCUGCUGAAGCGCGUCGUUUCGCUGCUCAGCUGCUCUCGGUCCGCUGGCUGCGGAGAGUGGCGCCGCAUGCUGACCUCGGCGGGACUGCGCUCCAUCUGGAACAGCUUCCUCCUGGACGCCUACAAGCAGGUGAAACUUGGCUGUGAGGCACCCAAUUCCAAAGUGGUGAAGGUGCCUGAUGGGCCUCGGUGGAGCAGCACCAUCAGAAUCCAAAAUGGGGGUGAGUGCAGACUUCUGGAUUUUGAGUCAUCAGAUCGCCCUCUGGUGGUCAACUUUGGCUCAGCCACCUGACCCCCCUUCAUCAGCCACCUGCCGGCUUUCCGGCAGUUAGUGGAAGACUUCAGCGAUGUGGCUGAUUUCCUGUUAGUGUACAUUGAUGAGGCUCAUCCAUCUGAUGGCUGGGUGGCCCCUCCCAUGGGUUCAUGCUCCUUCAGUUUCCGGAAACACCAGAAUCUGGAGGAAAGGAUGGGAGCGGCACGUCAACUCACUGAGCACUUUUCUUUGCCGCCGCAGUGUCAACUAGUCGCUGACUGCAUGGACAACAAUGCUAAUGUGGCUUACGGUGUGUCCAAUGAACGGGUGUGUAUAGUGCAACAAAAAAAGAUUGCCUACCUGGGGGGCAAAGGGCCAUUUUUUUACAAUCUGAAGGAUGUGCGCCAGUGGCUGGAACAGAGUUAUGGUAGACGGUAGGAGGACUAAAAGUGCCUUUUUAAAAUUCUGAAAACAGAGAUUAUUUGGUUUUGUAAGAAUGUGUUGUGAUGAUAUUCUUUACCAUAAAGCUGUAACGUAUUAUCUUCCAAAAUUUCAAACGAAGGGUCCCUUUUACCAAAAAAGGGGGGAAAAGGGCGAAGGCAAGAGACAACUCAACCAGCAUCUUAAUAAAGUCAACCUCAUCCUCCUCACCUCAAGCCUUACCUCCUGAACUAAAGUCAAGUCUUUUGCAUAAAAAAAAUGUGCAUAAACGUGCGUAUUUAUUUCAGAUUUUGUCAGAGUUACUGUCAGCAGAUCAGACAUGCGACCCAGGGGGUCUCCAGACAGCUGACAGGAGCAGUUAAACAACAACAGCAGUAGCUGGGAUAAUGUUAUUCCAGCUACACAGAGAGGAAAGAUGCUGAGUUUUAUUAUUUCUUAGUUUGGUAAAAAUGUUAUUACAUCUCGCCUGAUGAAUGUGUUAUUGAGACUGAAUCUCUAGAAGACUGUGAGUCAACUGCUUUCAAAACGUGAUUACUUUGGAAGGAUCUGUUCUCACUUAAGGGUCAGCGUGAGACAGCCACAUUAAGUCUAGUUUGAUCAUGAGCACUGAACACAAUCCAAAAUAUGUUGUGUAGGCACAGUGGAUACGUACAUACACAGGUUAUGGUUAAAAGCGUCUGAUCACAGCUGCACAUGUACUUUGCAUGUAGACAGAGACUGAAGAAAGCCAACCCUUGUAAAAAUCACAUUUACAGUUGACUUGCAUUGUUUGCAAAGGAAAAAGCACUUUUGUUGACUUUAUGACCAGAUAUUUUUCCAGGAAGUUUCAUGGGCUGGACUGCAUGGAAUAUUCUAGGCAGACGCUCAGGGUGGAUGAUGGGUAUAUCCAAGUGCAAAAUUGGUUGUCAGUAAAUGAAGAUUGUAUCUUGAGUUCCAAAUGUUGUGUAUUGAAUGUUCAAUGGUUUGGCCAAGUCUUGUAAAGUGAUAGUUUGGUUAAACUCUUAAGCCAUGAGUAAACUGGUUUGGGUUAAGGUUAAGUUGCAUCUAGCUACAUGCUAAACAUUCACAAUUUCACAUUUAACUGGAAGUCAUUACCUUUCAAAUCAAGUCUUUGCUUUUGGCUCUCGGUUAGAAGAUAUCCAUUUAGAUAUGCAAUAAAGAUGAACAGUUAAAUAAAGUGGUACUAGUAAACCUAACCCUAGCCCUACAUUUGUCACUGGUGACUCUGUGGAUGUUAAUAGACCUGCUGUUUCAUCUGUGUCACUUCCUUUGCACACUCUGAGAAAAAGGCUUGAAAGGGUGAUCAACUUUUGGUUGAGCAUUUCAUUUGAAGUUAAAAUAAAUAACUGGCAGUAUUAAUGGAAAUGCAUCAGACUUUGAGCACCUUACAAAUGUGGAUAAAAUGACUGUUAUCUCGCUAUUACUCUGACAACAGGUGAGAUGCACUGGGAGCUUUUAGCUGUGUGUGGCUAUAAACAAAUCAGUCACUGAAGCUUUGUUCAUGAACUAUCAAGUGAUCUGCACCUUCGGUCAAAAGUACACCUCCUAACUUACAGAAAAGCUCUGUUUUGUUUUUGUUUUUUCAUUAACAUCUUUUCAAAUAUUCAUUGAUAAAAUACAAUUUCAUCACAUUGGCUCAAAAUGUUUUGGUGUGUCGUUCAGUUUUGUUUUAGCGUCAGAUCUCAGGAUCCUGCAUACAGCUCUCUCUCUCUCCCAUGUCUUGUGAAGAAGAUUUCAUUUUUAAAUUCAUGUUUAACAGUUAAAUGUAGAUGUAAUUUCAGAUUCAUAUCAUUUAGAACUUUGAACAUGAAACCAUAUUUCUCAAAAUAUGAACAGUUGAAGUUCAGUAACUGUGAGGUUAUGGGUGUUUAAAAUCUGUAUGGAACAUGUCCAGGUGAUUCUCUUUAAAUGAAAGCUCCUUCGAACAGAUGCUUUGUCCUGGUCACAGUGACAAAGGUGUGCAAAUGAAAACCUUUGACGAAAGAGUCCACAGCUCAGUCUCUGGUUGGAUAGAGAACAGCACCUGGUCAACGUGACACAGAUCCAAAGCAUCUGUUUUCAUUGUCACUUUGCUAAUGUCUCAAUGACUGAUAUCAAUAGCUCUAUUUUCCAUUCUCUUUACUGUACUUUGCCAUUAUUUGAAGCGUAAUGUAUAUUUUUAUAUGUCAGAGGAAAAAUAAGUGGAAAAUAAACAUGAAUGUGUUCGUGUGGAAUUCUUUUA